AUGAUCAAAGUGCCCCUAGCCAACAUGAUAGAGUCUCCCCACAACGCGACAACGCACAGUAGCCCUGCCGCCAUUCCACGUCUGAGGUCGGCUCGAAAUGAUACCCCUUCAUCGAUGCAAGAACAGAAAAAGGAAGAAUCAAAGAAAAAGGAAGAACCAAAGAAGAAGGAAGAGUCCAAACCACGUCCCGCCGCUCAGGCUCCCUUUCGUCGCUGUCAUACGGAUACUCCUCCCAGCAAAAAGAGCAGUAGUCGAUCGGAUCGCAAAAAUGCUCGCAGUGGAAGUCAUGAUAGGUCAUCACCCGAUCAUCCUAAUGGCACUCCUCCCAACGAACGACGUUCCCGACGAGAACCCAGAUCUCCCGCCACUCGACGUGGUGCCUUGGGAGAUUCUACUACUACGAGUACGACCAAGUCAUCCGAGCGUCGUUUAAAGGCGGCUCGAUCUCUGUCUCCCAAAACCGAAAAAUCGUCGACAUCCAACCGAAAUUUAAUGGGAGAUCGUUCCCGUUCCAAUUCUCCCACGGCACAAGCCCUGAAAAUAUUGGCCGAAGACGAUCCGAAAGGACUUCCUCCCAAGAUGUCGUCCACAGGAGAACGUCGUCCCCGACGCCGCGAACGAGAUCCCAAAGUCUCCGCUUCGACGGGAUCUCCCACAUCGCCGUUUUCGUCCGAACGACGCUUGCGGGCUUCCCGCUCCACAUCCCCCAAAAACUCAUCUCCCAAACGAGGCAAUGCCCGGUCCAUGGACAAUAGCAGUGGACGUCAUCAUCAUCGUCAUCAACGCAGUCCUCGACAAACCACCACCAAUAAGAAUCAGUUAGUAGAAGAUGAAAUGAACAUGUCGUGGAGUCGCAGUGGGGUCAUUUCCCAGCGUCGGCAAAAAGCGGCGCCCUUUCGUCGUGUGCACACGGCCGAUGAGCCCUUGGCCAUUCGUCGGGCGCGGGUGCGAGAAUCGGCCAACAAAUUGCGGCAUUCUGCGGGGGAUGGAUCGUCGCAGAUGGAUGUCAGUAUUGACGAACAUGGUAGCAGUGCUGACUUGUUCCAUAGUCCAAGUGCCAUGAGUUUGGGAUCGGUCAGUAAUAUUCUCGAUGAAGGAUUACUCGAUGGCGAUGAUGACGACGACUCGGAUUCCGAUGAGGACCGUGGUGGUGCCGACUUUAAUCCCAAACGCAGCACCCGCAAAAAGGCACCCAAAAAACGAAUCGACGGACAAGGCAUUCACAUGAAACAGUUGGAACGCAGUUUGCGUCUCCAGGAUAAAAUGCUCGAAGAAUUGGAAGAUGGAACCGACGUGGAGACAGAAGAUGAACGUGGUAACAACGGCCGCAGUAAAAAUCGUGGUCCCAUCCAAACCACCACCGACGCCAAUGGCAAUACCGUCAAGUCCUAUUUGGGUUUCUCCACCGUGGCGGCUCCGAAAAUUACCGCACCCAAAAUUACCGCACCCAAACUCGUGACUGAAGCGGCGGCCAGUGCCUACCAAACCGCCGCCAUGGCCAGUGAAGGAGCUGCUGCAACAGCCAAUUAUUUUGCCAAGGGAGCAUCCGACACGGCCACGUCGGCCGCCAAUGUCUUUACUCGUGCGGCGGCGUCGGCACGGAUUUUUUCCGCCGCACAAAACAACAAUACUACCUUUGGACCGUCGCCGCGAGAUACGCCAUCCAAUCGACCAGCCGCUCCCAAGAAACCCAUUCAAGGACCCACGUUCUAG